GAGCAAAGAUAUAUUGUAUGCCUGCGAAUGGUGAGCGUUUGAGCGCAGUUGCGAGGCAACGCCGUCUGCGUGAGGCGCGCUCUGCUUCGUCCACUCCUCGAGCAUCAACCCCUGACGCAACAAGCCAACAGGUUCAACCUGAAUCGGUGACAAUUGAGCAGAAACCUCAAGCAGUUGGUGAUGGAGAAGCAGACGAGCAGCCACUCGCCGUAUCUAACCAGUUCUCAACCUUGGUUGAAGCCUCCACAGUCCAUUUCAGCUCUUCUCGAGAAAUUGAAAAUAUAAAUGAAAGGUCUGUUAAAGUGAGAUUGUCUCGAGGUCAGAAAUGUGCUAUCCUGGGUACUUGCUGUUUAUGGGUCAAAGAAGGCGUGGUAUCUGUGUAUGGAGCCAUUCUGCAGGCUUCUACUGCUACUUUCCGAAUAUAUUCACCUGCAAAUUAUGCACUGCCGACAAUUGAGGCGUUGACAUCCAAUGCCGAGUUCGAACUUGACUCCCUUGGUGGUGGGGUCCAAAAUCUGCCAUACAGAGGAGUGAGAGAUGUCUGGCCAUCGACAGGAGCUGGCAACCUGAAAUUGUCGUUUCAUAUUUUGGGACACUCCAUCGAACAGGAUGCGAAGGCACUACGAAGACCAAAGGAGCUCAAUACCGAUGCCUGGAAGACUGUGCUGUCACAGUUUCCGAGUCCAGCCUCGACUACAUCCCGGUCAUCCUCGAGCCCAAGGAUUGUGGUAUGUGGUAGACGAUCAUCCGGUGUAUCAACGUUAGUCAGACAUCUAUCGAAUCGGCUCUUGACACAACAGGGCUCCAAGGGUCUUGUGUCUCUAGUCGAUCUGGACAGUUCAAUGCCAGAGUUUACACCACCGGGGACUAUCAGCAUGCUUCAUAUCCAGGAACCAGUCCUCGGUCCGCCAUUCACACAUCUUGUGCUUUCCAAACACAAACAUGUGCGAGUUUUCAGGAUGCAUUUUCUCGGCGAAAUUGACCCUACUGACCUAUCAGACUGGCACCUCGAACGAGUGAACGAUCUCCUCGCUCUCGAACGAAGAAUUCGCGCCCAGAAAGACAAUAUGCCGGUCAUUAUCGUAGUCCCGAAGUGGCUCGAGAACAUUGAACAGCAAACUGCUAGUCUCAUAUGGAAGAUGAUGCAACCGACAGACAUUGUCUGCAUGGAUACACGACAGAGCUCACCGCAUCUACAACCUUGGAAGACAUUGGCCGAGACUGAUGGCUGUCGAAUCCAUCAGAUCCCAGCACAAACUUUUGACAGGAUACCUCCUCUUCGUGAGCAUGAACUCUAUAUGCAGUCCUACUUUCACAUGUCAGAGUCUUCAAGCAACCAGUCAUACUGGGUGGACACUCCCGUUCUGGCUCUAGACCCUGUCAAUCUGAACUAUGGUAAGAAAAUUCCGGAUAUCGGCGGCGUCUUGCUGUUGGGAGGGAAUGUUGCCCUCGAAGACACACGUGAUGCGCUCGAAGAGGGCAUUGCUGCAAUUUUGCUGGUCAGGCAGCAGCACAUUGAGGAAGACCCGGCUUCACUUGACAAGGGUUUCGAUAUUGGGAUGGAUGGUAGAGAAUCAACAGAAGACAAUGGAUGGCGGGUCAGCCGCACAGAGGAGCAAGUCCCUCGAUUGCUGCAAAGUCAUCGUUCACAUGAUGCUUUUCCGUAUUCUGAGAAGCAGUCGUACUGCAUUGGGUUAGGAAUGGUAACAGGGUUGAACGUUGUGAAACGUCAAAUAAGCCUUGUCACUCCUCUUCCGUCCCAGGCACUUCUGAAGAGGCCAAAAGGAUGUCAACUGGCACUUGUUGUUCAGAGAGCGACUUCGGAUGCGAGAUUCACAUCGCACUGGGCUCGAAGAGAAAUGAGAAGUACGAGAGGCCGAAGUCAAGAUCCGUAAAGGACGGUGUGAAGUUGCGACGACGGAUGACUCUCCUUGCGAAAUUAGGCGUUAUGAGUGGCGUGAUUGGCAAAUAAGCAUCCCUGUCUUUAUGCAGAGUCGUGCGGCCUCACACGGAAAAGGACGGCGAAAUAGCUGCAAGAUCCUUGUCAAGAAGAAGUCGAGGUGAAAGGAAUGGCCAUCAAACGCUCCGUAGUGUACAGUAGUUCUGCAUAAACGAGGAGUUGUCAUCGAUCUCGACCUGAUUGGACACGGC